AUAAUUAUGGACAGCGAUGAAGAUGUUGAAGUUACAGGUACCCAUGCACCAAUCACAGGACUUGGGAGAGUGAAUCACAGCAUAUGUCGGACAGCUCAGAAGAUGAGAUCUGUUUACCAUCACUUAUACAGAACAUUAACAGAAUAUUUAAUACGCAUUGCUGAAAGAGAAAGAAAGAAACAAAUGGGAGGAUCUAUGGACUGUUUGCAGUAUUUGAUUUUGAUGUUGGAUACCCGAAUUGUAAACUCUGGAGGGCAUGGAGUGGCCAUAUUUAUGGCAUGUGAAGCGCUAGGGAUACAGUACAUCACUAAAGAACAGACUGUACCAUUCAGUAUCACAUGGAACAGACAAGUCACCAGUAUCAAUGUAUCCAGGGAAAAUCAGGUUGAAACGGUGAAAUCCGAGCACAUGGAGGAAGAUGUUCUUGUGUUACUCCCAGUCGCUUACUUUGUAAAUUUUGUACAGAAUCAUAAAAAGUGUGGCAGCGAAUUAGAAGGCGGACCAACUCUAACAAGUUAUGUACAGACUGUCAAACAGCAUUUACCUAAUUCUAUUUUAUCAUUUGUGGUCAUAGGGAUGGAAAAAUAUUUUAGGGAUCAGAAAACUAAGGUACAAAGGAAGCACAGAGCAGCAGUGUUAUCCAGUGAGAGGGUGACUCCAUGUACGGACAGCGACCAUGGGUCUGUUCAUCGUCUGGAUGUCGAAGAGUAUAACUAUUGGAAGUAA